AUUUCAGUGAGACGGAGUGUAGCUCAUGCAGUGCCCAGCAGCAAGCAGAAUGCAAGGAAUCUACAGUAUUCCCCUGUCUCACACAAGAAGCCCAGUUCACUGCUAAAGGACAAGUGAGGAGAGACUGAGGCAGAACCAGAGAGCAGUCGAGGGAGGAUUCAGACUGCUGUGGUUGAGAGGAGGAACGUACGGUCUUGUCCUGUUCUGCUCUGCUCUCGUUGCCUCAGGUGUGUGUGCUCCUCCCUCCCCUCCGCAGUGCCUGCUGUCAGCUCCAUCCCUGGGUGGCUGAGGCCAUGGUGUUGGUGCUGCGAGCCCUGCUGCCCUGCUUCUGCACCCUGCUCUCCCUGAACCUGCUGCCUAGGGUGGAACCAGCUGUGCCCCUGGAGGACUUCUAUCCCUUUGGCCAGGACAAGGGGGACACCCAGACCAUCACUCAGGACGACGGAGGCUCCGGUCUCCUGGAGAUCUCUGUUGCUUUCCCCUUCUUUGGAGACAGGCACACAGGACUCUAUGUUAACAACAAUGGCCUGGUAUCUUUCCUGAGGGAGGUGUCUCAGUUCACACCAGUAGCUUUUCCAAUCGCCGGGGACAGACGGGUUGUGGCACCAUUCUGGGCCGAUGUGGACAACCGUCGAGCCGGGAGAGUCUUCUACAGGGAGAGUCAGGAUCCCUCCAUCCUGAGGAGGGCCUCAGGUGAUGUUCGGUCGUACUUUUCAGAGUACCCCGACUUCAACGCAACAUGGACCCUCAUCUCUACAUGGCAUCAAGUUACUUUCUUUGGAGGCAACUCCCGUACACCGGUAAAUACUUUCCAAGUGGUGCUCAUUACAGAUGGAGAGCUUUCCUUCACGAUACUCCAGUACAAUAACAUCACUUGGACCACAGGUAUGCACGCCAGCAGUGGAGGAAACCUGGCUGGGCUGGGAGGGAUUGCAGCACAGGCAGGUUUUAAUGCCGGUGAUGGCAAGCGCUAUUUCAACAUCCCUGGCUCUCGCACCGCCGAUGUGGUGAAUGUUGAGGGAACCACCAACGUGGGCUACCCUGGCCGAUGGGUCUUCCGUAUAGAUGAUGCACAUGUGGAAGUGGGAGGCUGCAAUAAUUCUGCCUCAGUGUGCCCACACCUGCGCCCCUGCCUGAACGGAGGCCAGUGCAUCGAUGACUGUAUCACAGGAAACCCCUCCUUCACCUGCUCCUGCUUGGCUGGCUUCACCGGUCGACGAUGCCAGAUCGAUGUCGAUGAGUGUUCUUCAAAUCCUUGCCAGAACGGGGGGACUUGUGAAGACCAGAUUAAUAGUUUCAUCUGUCAGUGUCCUCCUGGAUACACAGGGAUUCACUGUGAAACAGACAUUGACGAGUGCAAAGACAGGCCAUGCUUCAACAACGCGUCGUGUGUACAAGGCCCUGGCAGCUUCACCUGUGUGUGCAAGCCGGGUUACACUGGUGUGCUGUGUGAGACAGAUAUAGACGAAUGUGAGUCGCAGCCCUGUCUGAAUGGAGGAGAGUGCAUCGAUCAGGUGAACAACUUCACCUGCGCGUGUCCGGCUACGUUCACUGGAGCAUUCUGUGAGACAGAGCUGGUGGCGCUUCAGGCCAAUUCAACUGAGGCAGAAAACCAAACAGCCUUGUGUGAAGACGAAGACUGCAAGAAGCACCAGAUUUGUGAACACACCAGCUCGGGUAUCUACAACUGUACAUGUGCUCCAGGCUUCUAUGGUGACAAGUGUGAAGAGGAAUGUCUUUGCCAGAAUGGGGGUAUCUGUGUGGAUAUCAAUGGAACCUGUGAAUGCCCUUCAGGCUACACAGGAAUCUACUGUCAGUUUGAAGUAACCCAGACGCCAUGCAGUAACAGCAGACCUUGCCCUGAUGGAGGUCCUUGUUUGGAGUACGGAGGAACCUACCUAUGUACGUGUCAGACUGGAGCGGAGCUGGAUCCUCCUUACCCCUAUGUACAGCCCCGAUCGGUCUGUGACUCCUCUCCCUGUCUGAAUGGGGGCUACUGCUACGAGCGGGAUGGAGGCUACACCUGUGAAUGCAAAUACGGAUACUGGGGGAAGCACUGUGAAAAAGUUAGACUCAAUACCUGCGCUUCUGGUCCCUGCCGCAACGGAGGCUCCUGUAAAGAAGAGGCAGGUAGCUACCGGUGUGUGUGUCCUUACAGGUUCACUGGAAAACAUUGUGAAGUGGGGAAGCCCGACCCCUGUGCCUCCAGCCCCUGUCUGAAUGGUGGGACAUGUUUUCACUACAUAGGAAAGUAUAAAUGCGAAUGCACAGAUGCCUUCAGCGGCCGGCACUGUGAAGUAAGCAGGAGCUCAGUACAUACCUCUGCAGAGCUGGGCUGUGGGCCGCCCCCGCAAGUCAAGCAUGCUGAGGUCCAGUUCUCCUUGACAACACCGGGCUCCAUGGCUGUGUAUAUAUGCCACCCAGGCUUCACGUCGGUGCCCAGAGCUACCCAGAGCAUCUGUGGUAUUCAGGGAGACUGGAGCCAGCCACCGGUUUGUGAGGAAAUCAACGAGUGUUUAUCACAGCCCUGUUUUAAUGGCGGUACAUGUCGAAACAAGAUUGGAUCCUACCAGUGUGUGUGCACUGAGGGCUUCAGUGGCAACCGCUGUCAGACAGACAUAAACGAAUGCCUGUCGGAACCCUGCAAGAACAGGGGGACCUGUGAGGACCAGCUAGGCUCCUACUUAUGUCACUGUCCACCAGGCUUCAAAGGCCAGAACUGUGAAAUAGAGCAGGACGGCUGCGAGUCCAACCCCUGUCUUAAUGGAGGUGUGUGUCGGGGUUACAGACGGAAUUAUAUGUGUGUUUGUAAAGAUGGUUUCUUCGGGGACCAGUGCCAGAUGUUGGAGGACCCAUGUGUACUGAAACCUUGUGGGAACCGAGGCCGCUGCUGGAGCGACAGGAGAGGAAACUACAACUGUGUUUGCAAAAUAGGACUCACUGGCAAAGACUGUGAGAAAGACCUGCUGCCUCCGCCUGGUCUCCAUGUGCUGCGUGUGGAGGAGAGCGAGGUGGAGCUUCGCUGGGAUGAACCAGAGCCUUCACACAGCCUGAUCAGCAUGUUCGCUGUCACAUAUGCUCCUCUGGGCCACAGCAAUCCCAAAACAGACUAUCUGGACCGGCAGCAGUCCACCCACGUGAUGCAAGGCCUAGUGCCCGGCCUGCUGUACAACAUCUCCACCGUCUCCAUCAAACUCAAAACCAACAGCAACGACACAAGCCAGCCAGCCACUGCACUGAUACGCACCAGACCUCGGCGGGUGGAGCAGCUGCAGGUGGUGAACGUCUCCUCCUCUCAGGUUUGGCUGAGCUGGUUGGUUCAGGCUGCUCGGCAUGCAGCCGUCAGCAGGGUUCACGUGUCUUUACUGCCUUCAGAUGGAAGCGAGGCUCGUACUGCCAUCCUCAACAUGAGCACCACUGAGUACAGCUUCAGUUCGUUGCUGCCUGGUCAGAUGUACACAGUGGACGUGUUGACUCAAAGUGGAAUCAGAGCAGAUGAGUUUCCUUCUACGAGCCACUCAGCUGGACCACUGCAAUUCUGGACAAGGCCUCUCCCCCCACAGAACCUCUCCCUGUCACAUGUGACCCCUAACUCAGCACUGAUCACCUGGAGCCGCCACCCAAGAAACAUUCCAGAUGGCUUUGUGGUCAACGUGACCCGCGGCUUGAACACCAGGAGUCGCUUCCUGCCCAAUGGGAAGUUGGGAUCGUACAUGCUCCGUGAACUGACGCCAGGACAGCACUACUAUGUGGCUCUGACAUCGGUCAGGAACACGAGGCAGGAGCAGAUCCACAGCAUACCUCAGCACUUAGCCUUCACUACCUUGCCAAUGCAAGUAAGACCAGGGAGGAGAGAGAGGCCAACAGUGACAGGACAGGGAGCUCAGGGUGGUCGUACGCUAACCCCAGCUCAGCCUCAAGACCUGGGUGGGACCACCGAAACAGAGAACUCAGAGGAACUGCCCAGAUACACAGAACUUGUUGACAGAAGAGGAAAGAUAACAGCAAAGUUGACUAACUUGCCACGGAAAGCCAUUCGGCAUCGUGCUAAACCCAACCCACCAAUUAGAUUAGAAAAGAUGGAGGAAACAACAAACAAAAUCAGCCUUGCACUGGAGAUUCAAGAAGAAGGUUUAAAAACAAAGCCUGAGUUGCCUCAGGACUGCCGCAGUGUUCCCUGUCAGAAUGGAGGAACAUGUGUGGAUGGAGGCGACUCCUUCAUCUGCGACUGUGCAACAGGUUUCAAGGGCAGAAAGUGUGAACUGUUGUGCCAGCGAGUGCCGCACCCGUGCACCCGUCUCUACUCUGAAACCAAGAGUGUGCCAGUCUGGGAGGGUGGAGUUUGCCACUACCUGUACAAACGGACCUAUAAAGUACAGCAGGAUGUGUGUUAUCGAGAGAUUUGUGAGCCGACGCUUUCCAAGAAAAGUCAGAACAGAAGAACAAGCAGACAGCAAUAAAGAGCACUUGGGUACUGAAGAAAGGACCCCCAUCACUGUCAUGUGAAAAACCUCCUAACUUCAAUUUUGGUGUUUAUAGUCUACUUGAAGUAACUGAUUCUGGUCAUUUUCUUGUGCCUGUCAGAGCCCACUGUAACAUUUCAUCCAUCUGAAAAAUGAGGCUUCAUCCUGAGAGCUGCACGAAAGCACAAUCAAUCAGAUAAAAAAAUGGCCCCACAUCAUUUAUCGUUUUCAAUAUUUGAUGACUGAUCUUUCACUCAAACACAUACAUUAUGCAAAUACACAAUUAGCAGUCGACUGCGCUGCAUCACAGACCUUAUGUACCUAAUGUCCACGUCCCCACUGACACAUCAGGAGAGGUUUGCAUUUGUGACUCAGCUGCAGGUUUGUCCCUCAGGGAAAUAACCGUAGAGUGUUUCGAUCAUUUCCUAACGCCGGCCCCACGAUCACCUCACAAAGACAAUGGGAAAUGUACAUUUUCACUACACGCCCACAAAUUCAUCUUUUCCUCUGACACAGUGUUUUCUGUGUGAAAUAUCAUUUUCUCUGUGUCUUAGCUGGCGUCGCUGCUCGCUACUCUGUAAAUAGUGUUUAUAGGCCAUUUUGUAGGUGAAUAUUUUAAUAAUAAAAAUGUUAAAAUGUU